ACUGACAGAGGCUUUGACUGAGGAACCCAGCAGAACGGGAAUAAUUGAGGCUGGAUGGAGGAAUACCGUUUUGUCAAUUGUACGUUUUAUUUUUUUACACUUCAACUGAUCACCGUUACAUGUGCUCCUCCUGUGACCUCUGUGGAUUAUUUGCUGUCUGGGAGAUAACGGCGGCGCUGAACGUUUGUGACCAGCUCUUACACGUCUGGAAUUUUGUUGUCCGUAUCAGUCGGAGCACUGAGUUUUAUCAGCAGAAGAUUUUAAAGGAGGAAAACCACUUUACAAGCACUGUUGUCGUCAUGAACCUGAAGCAGCGAAUUAAGCUACUGAAGCACUUUGGCUCGGUGCCGCCAGAGCCUCCGCCGCCUCUGCUGGUGGUGCCUAGACCAGCCAUGGAGGAGAUAACAAUAUGGGAGCAACACACAAUAACACUGAACAAAGAUCCAAAACUGGGAUUUGGUUUUGCCUUAUCAGGAGGGAAGGACAAGCCCCAUCCAGACACAGGAGACACAACUGUGGUGGUGUCAGACGUGCUGCCUAAUGGACCAGCCAGCGGGCGCCUGUUCACUAAAGACCAGAUCGUCAUGGUCAACGGCGUGUCCAUGGACAACGUCUACUCCAACUACACCAUUCAGACCCUCAAGUCUUGCGGCAAGACUGCAAACAUAACAGUGAAACGCCCUCGCAAGAUCCAGAUCCCAGUCAGCUCCAGACCCUCUCGGGCGGCCUCCCAGUCCAACCUGCUGGACCAGGACCCUCCCAGACGAACACGGCGCUACUCUGACGGCAGCGACAACAGAGACGGCGGCCGCUACCGCAGUUCCUCGCCCGAUCACAAUGGGCACACGAACACGCUGCCGAUGUCGUCGGGCUACAAGAGGCUGCCACGCCAGGAUGCUCCAGAGAAACCAAUCAAAACCACUCUGGUGAAAAAGAAACUCUCAGACGAGUACGGCCUGAAGCUGGGGAGUCAGAUCUUUAUCAAACACAUGACAGACACAGGCCUAGCUGCAAGGGAAGGGACGCUGCAGGAGGGAGACCUCAUUCUCAAGAUCAAUGGCAUCACAACAGAAAAUCUGUCCUUACUGGAGACAAAGCACCUGGUGGAGAAGAGCAGAGGAAAGCUGACCAUGACGGUGCUGAGGGACGACCGCAGGUUCCUGGUCAGCAUCCCAGAGGUGGAGGACAGCCCCCCCAACAGCGAGGACGACGAGCGAAAAGACAGCAGCUCCGAGCUGGAGGACAUUUCAGAUAUUGACGUCCCCACUUACCGAGCGGCCCGUCAACCCACCAAGGAGAAACGAACACGAAGAACCAGAGCUGAACCCCCAGUGUCCAAAUCUCGGGACUCCUCACCUGUGCGCUCCACGUUGACCCGGCCUCCUGCCAAAGCCUACGCCCCUCGCCGAGCUCCAUCCGAUUCGGAGUCUGACCGCAGCGCCUCGCCCCCUCCUGUCAGGAGAGAGAGGGAGAGUCCUGACACCAGGGAUCAGCCCGGCAAAUACAAGAGCCUCUCUGGAAUGUCCGCUAUCCCCAACCCCAGAUCCUCUCCUGUGGCUCAGAACUGGACUGCUCCUCGUGCGCCCUCCUCCACCGCUCGGCCUCGUAGACCGGUGUCCGAUUCAGACUCUGACCGCAGCCCUUCCCCUCAUUCCAGACCAGAGAAUGUUCGUGUAGACAACAGAUACAAGGUUCUCCCUGAUCUGCCUGCCCCAAGCCUGAAAGCCACUCCCAUUCCUGUUCUCCAGCAGCAACUGCGAAGGGUCAACUCUCCUGUUAAAAUCACCCCCCAAGAAUCCGAGUCUGAGUCGGACGACAGCUCAGCCCCUCCUCAGAGGCAGAGCACCACCUACAGCCAGGACUCUCUCAGCAGAUACAGGGUCCUUCCUGAUGUUGCCCUGCAGCCUCACAUAGCACCAAUACAACAGCGCUCCUCCAGCAUCACUGCCAGUAAUCCACCUCAGAAAGUUCAUUCAGAUCCUGAGUCAGAGGCCAGUAAUGAGUCCCCUCGCAGGGACUCUGUAGACAGGGGAAACUCCAAAACAGUCAACAACAGAUACAGAGAUCUACCUGAGAUGAGAUCCACUUCAGUGGCUGUGAAGCAGGAGCCUCCUCGUCGGGCCCCGUCGCCCGUCAGACCCCCUCCUGAUGAUUCCUCGUCAGACGAGCUUUCUCAUCUCAGGAGGUCUGGGAGCUCAGAGCGGGAGGACAACCGCCGCAGUGUUCCUCGUGCUGCUAAUGGACCUGGCACCCAACGGUCUGGGGUUUCAGUGAAGGGCAACAUACCCCCCCUCUACUCCAAGCCUGUAGAGGAGCCCCUCUACUCCUUACCCCCAGAUUCCUACCCAUCUUCCAUCCCAGGGUACAGCUCAGACAUACAGAAUGUGUCCUUUGUGAAGGAGGGCAGCGUGGGCUUGAGGCUCGUGGGCGGCAACGACGUCGGCAUAUUUGUAGGCGGAGUUCAGCCGAACAGCCCCGCGUACGGUCAGGGCAUGAAGGAGGGAGACCAGAUCCUGCAGGUUAAUAAAGUAGAUUUUUCCCAUUUCACGCGAGAAGAGGCGGCUAACUUCCUCCUGAACAUCCAGAGUGGAGAGCGUGUGGACAUCUGUACCCAGAACAAGAUGGACCUUUAUAAGAAGAUCACAAAGUCCCACCUGGCCGACAACUUCUACAUCCGCACCCACUUCGACCACGAAUCCGAAGGCCCCAUUGGCCUGAGCUUCACCAGAGGGGAGGUGUUCAGGGUGGUGGACACUAUGCACCGUGGGAAGCUGGGCAGCUGGCUGGCCAUCCGCAUGGGCAACAACCUGCACGAGAUGGACAAAGGCACCAUCCCCAACCAGGCCAGAGCUGAGACUCUGGCCAGCAUCGAGCAGACACAGCGUUCCUCUGUGGAGAAGCAGGUGUCAGGGCCCAGGGCUGAAUUCUGGAAACUACGGGGGCUCCGAGGGAACAAAAAGAGUGAAAAAGCCCUCCGUCGGAGUCGCGACGACCUGCUGCAGCUCACCAUCCAGGGCAAAUAUCCAGCCUACGAGAGAGUGCUGCUCAGAGAAGCUAAUUUCAAACGGCCAAUUGUCAUCCUGGGUCCACUUAAUGAUAUCGCCAUGGAGAAGCUGGCCACAGAGAUGCCCGAUCAAUACGAAGUGGCAGAAAUGGUCCCUCGCAGUGGAGGAGGGGAGAGCACCUCCACUGUUAUUAAACUAGACACCGUGAGGAAAAUAGCAGAGAAGGACAAGCACCCUCUGCUGGACAUCACCCCCACUGCAGUGGAGAGGCUCAACUACAUCCAGUACCAUCCCAUGGUGUUGUUCCUGGACCCCCACAGCCGCAAGGACGUCAAGGCCAUGAGGCAGAAAUACAGUCCCAAGUCCAACAAAAGCUCCCGGCGCCUUUACUCGCAGGCCGUCAAGAUGAAGAAACAAUACAACCAGCUCUUCUCAGCGAGUAUUGACCUACAGCCCGGCUCAGACCUCUGGUAUGAGAGUCUGAAAGAUAAGAUCCGCCACCAGCAGUCCAAACCAGUCUGGGUGUCUGAAGUCACGCUGGAGAGCGGUGGCGAGCAGGACCUGGACGCCCUGGACCAAACCCAGUCCGACUACCUCAGCGCUGCUAGUGACCUGGAGGACACCGACGGAGAGCCCUUCACUGACGGAGAGGCCUACACCGACAACGAGGACCUGGAAGAGGGUUACAGAGAAGCAGACCGGGUCCCGCGAGCUUUGGCCCGGUCGUCUGAGCCGGCCUCGGGGCACUACAGCCCCACCAUGGACCCCGAACCUGCGGCCGACAGAGAAAUCCCACCUCUUCUGCACGUGCCGGAACCCAGCUCUGCCCGCCAGGACAGUUACAGUCCGCAUCACAGCACGGCGGACGAGGAGGAUCCGUCUCAGCGCAGUUUUACAGACUCGGACUUCAGCGCUCUUGAUGCGCUUGCUCCCACGAAUACGUCAGACGGACCUCCAGAUUUUGUAGCCCCUAACCCCCCCAUGGGGCACUCUGUGGAUGAGCCUUCAUAUGCUAAGGCACCCGUGAGCCCACAACAAGCCAGCCUGUCUACUAUUGAGGAGCGAUUACAGCAGGCUCGCUCAGCAGAGGCACAAGCUCAGCCCGAAGAGAGGAAAGGCCCUCAGUUUAUCGUGCUAGCGCAUCAUCACCAAGCAGUUCAGUUCAGACGCACACAAAUCCAAGGCAGCGACAGCUCUGAGGAGGAAGAGGAGGACGCGGAUGAAACGGAUGACAUCGAAUGGGGACCAGCGACGGAACUGUAGACACUCCGAGGACUCGAACCCGAGGCAGUGACGCUAUUUCACUGAGAAACUCUCGCUUGGUGCAUUAACUUUACACAUUUGUAUUCAGACGUCGUAUCUGAAGAUGUAGUUUGUCCGACACUGAAUGUUGGAAGUGUUUUUUCCCAAAGCUUUGGUGGUCCAAGUGCCUGACUUCUUUUUUUAUUUAACAAUCUUCUGCUACAGUAAAUAAAUCAGUUUGCCCUUUGUUACUGCUGAUGUAUGUAGCAUAUAAAUAAUUUCAAUGUGUCUCUUUGAGAAUAUGUCAAAUUAAAAAAAUUUUGGAUUGCCUCAAACUUUUUCUACAUUACAGGUUUUUUAGUCAAAAUGGGUUUUUUCAAUAAUAAAAAGUUUCAGCGUGUUUGCUAACAUAAAAUGUUAUGUGAAAAUGUUUAUUCUUCAAAGGAACAGUGAAGGUUUGAUGUGUGUGUGUGUGUGUGCGUGUGUUUGCGCUAAUAAUGGUGACAUUGAACUGUGAGUAAACUUGUUUCCCUGUACUAACUCCUGUUGCCAGUACAGUAAACUAAUUUGUAAAAAAAACUACACUAAAAACUAGGAACAAUGUAAACAAACAUGAGUUGUAACAGUCGUGAUCUUGUGUCGUGGGCCUGUGUGAAAAGAUAUUUUUAUAAUAACUUCAUUAAAUUUAUUUAAAAAAGUGA